AUGUUGUUCAACGAGUAUUUGGUGACAGCCACGUCCUGCCCCUCUGAGAUCCCCCUGAUAGUCACUGCAGUGGGAGAAGAGCUGCUGCUGCCUUCUACGGAUUGGUGUUUGGAGAAAGUAACAUCUGGCACCGGUCUGUUUUGUCCUAAAAUGCAUUUUUCUAUACCCGAAACGGAGGUUUGCACGGGAGAAAAUGGAUCAACCUAUGUGGCUUAUAACAUCCAUGUGAACGGGGUGCUGCAUUGCAGGGUUCGGUAUAGCCAGCUCCUCAGCCUCCAUGAACAGAUAAAGAAAGAGUAUGGCAGCACUGUAGUGCCGACCUUCCCUCCGAAGAAGAUCUUCACACUGACCCCUGCUGAGGUUGAGCAGAGGCGAGAGCAGCUCGAGAAAUACAUGCAGGCUGUGCGGCAGGACCCGUUGCUUGGAACUAGUGAAUUGUUCAACAGCUUCUUAAGAAAAGCCCAACAGGAGACGCAGCAGAUUCCCACAGAAGAAGCAGCUCUCGACAUCUGCCUCUCCAACGGCCAGAGGGUCACCGUCAACAUCUUGACGUCUGAUCAGACCGAGGACGUGCUGGAUGCUGUCGCAACAAAGCUCGACCUCCCAGACGACCUAGUGGGAUACUUCAGCUUGUUUCUUGUGCGUGAAAAUGUAGAUGGAGGCUUGACAUUUGUACGGAAACUGCAGGAGUUUGAACUGCCUUAUGUUUCCAUUUCCAGUCUACAGAACUCCGAAUUCCACAUACUACUACGAAAAAGCUACUGGGACAUGGCGUAUGACUGUGAUGUGAUGGACAACAGAAUUGGCUUAAAUAUGCUCUAUGCUCAGACUGUGGCUGACAUUGAACGAGGCUGGAUUCUCGUCAACAAGGAUCAGCACAGGCAGCUCAAGUCCCUGCAGGAGAAAGGCUCCAAGAAAGAGUUCAUUCAUCUGGGUCAGACGCUUAAGUAUUAUGGCUACAUCAAGUUCGACCCCUGCAUAACAGACUUCCCAGAGAAGGGUUGCCAGGUCAUCGUCAGCGCUGGCAACAACGAGCUCAACUUCCACGUGAAGCUGCCCAACGAUCAGAUGAAGGAAGGCAGCUUCAAAGUAACGCGCAUGAGGUGCUGGAGAGUCACAUCGUCUCAAGUCCCAGUCUCCAAUGGCACAAGCAAUCCUUGCAGCUCCAACAAGUGUGAUGUCAAACUGGAGCUGGCCUUUGAGUAUCUAAUGAGCAAAGAUCGCCUUCAGUGGGUCACAAUCACCAGCCAGCAGGCCAUCAUGAUGAGCAUUUGUCUCCAGUCUAUGGUGGAUGAACUGAUGGUGAAGAAGUCGGGUGGCAGCAUCAAAAAGAUGUUGAAAAAGCGUCACAACGGUUCCUACCACAGGUCAGACAGUCAACAAGCGGUGAAAUCACCCCCUCUACUGGACGCACAGGAACCCAACCGCGAGCAAAUAGUUAAACUCUCUACCAAGCUUAGUUCGGUGUCGCUCCGAGGAAUCAGCGCCUCCAACUCGUCCAACGACCUCAGCGCCAACGACGUCCACGGGAACUACGCUUUCGAGGGAAUCGGAGACGACGACUUGUAA